AUGAUGUGGUAUCUUACAAUAUAUUGUUCAGCCAUUCUUCCCAUAUUGUAUGUCAUUUCCACUGCUAUUGCUAUAGAUGAAGACACUUCGUGGAUACAAGCACAGGAGUUAAUGAAAUCAAUGACAAAACGAAUACAUCCGCUGAGUAAUCCAUCUUUAUAUUUUGGACAUGAUACAGAUAUUACUUUUACCAUCCCACUUGAUUAUAUUCCAGAAUAUGAAGAAUAUAAAUUUGAUAAAUUUUGGACUAGUGAGAACAACCUGAAACAAAAACAACUAUAUGAUUUACUUCGAGAUUCCUCAUACAAUUUUAUGAAUGCUAAUGCAACAUACAUAUUAAUGAGAAAUUUCUUAUAUCAAGAAUACGGUUUUCCACAUAAUAAGAAACUGGCGUUCUAUUAUAUCGACAAAUUUAACCAAAUGACUAAUUAUACAAAUCCUGAAACUUUGUUUCACCAAGGAAUAAUGUUUAUGACCGGAUUACUUGGUGAAAUACCCAUUGAUGAAGCUAAGGGUUUAUUAUAUAUCCAGAAAAGUGCCAAUAUGGGUAAUUUACAGGCUAGACAAACAUUAGCCUACAAGUAUUUACAUGGUAUCAAUGUCCCUACAGAUAUUGAAAAAUCCUUAUUACUAUAUCGUCACAUCAGCCAUGAGCUAAAAUCUAAAUAUUUUUCAGAUAAUGAAUGGAAUAUAGUAACACCAUAUAUUGAAGGAUAUAACAUUAGACUACCUGACUUUGAUGGUGGAUUAUUAGACCCUGAGUUACGACAAACUCCACUAAGCACAGUCAGAAAAAAGUCAGUUAGACCUGACAUAACUUCCAGUAUAUUAACAAAAAUGAAUAGUGGAAAUAUUGUUUUACAAUUUAGUGAAGAUAAUGAACCAUCUUCGUUUGCUCCUAAUGUUGAAAAUGAAAACGGCAGUGAUCAAUUGGUUGACAUUUUUUAUGCUGCAUGGGAUGAAUUUAGGGGUACUUACACUAAAUUGCGUAAUUGUACUCGUACAAGAGAAUUAUUAGAACUGGUCUACACAAAUUAUAAAGAAGAUGUUCCUAUUAUGGAUAAUUUACAAAAAUUUUUUUAUUGCAAUUCAUUAGAUUUAUUAGGACAUUUAUAUUUUACUGGUCAAGGGAUGAAUAAACCUGAUAUUGAAAGGGCAAAAUAUUUCUUAACUAUGUCCAAAUCAUUACUGGAAGAAUCCCCAUCAACUUUAGUCAGUAGAUCUAAUAUAGAUUUAGGCUUGAUAUCUCAAUAUUUCUCCAAUAAUAUAACUGAAGCUGUUAAAUAUUACCAAAAUGCUCUACACAUCAGAAGUAAUAAUGGUAUCGCCGAAUAUCAAUUGUCCAAAUUAUCUGAAAAAUAUCCAGAAAUGAAACUAGGUGAUCCCUUUAUGUUAAUGAAGAAUGCAAAUUGGAAGGGUUACACUCCAGCAAGAUUUGAAUUUGCCAAGCUAAUUGAAAAGUCUAUGAAAACUAAAUAUGAUACUUCCGAAAUUGCGAAUAUUUACAAAAAGUUCGUAGAAACUAAUGAACAUAUUACUGCACCAUAUUUGAAAGAUGCAUUCAGUGAAUUAUUAAUAGGUAAUUCUGAGGUGGCACUAUGGUACUAUACCCUUGCCGCUGAACAAGGAUUUGAACAAUCCCAAGUAUCAGCUGCAUCAUUAUUAUACCAAAUACCGUAUAAAUAUGAGGAAUUACCAGUCACCCCAAAGGAAAGAAAAAUUUUGGCUGCUUCAUAUUACACAAGGGCUUUCAAGCAAGACAACUUAGAUGCUGGUGUCAUUGGGGGAGAUGUUUAUUAUCAUUUGGGUGAAUACGAAAAGGCCUUUGCUCUAUAUCAGGCUGCAUCUGGAAGACAGUCCUUACAAGCAUUAUGGAAUAUGGGUUAUAUGUAUGAAAAUGGAUUGGGUACACCUAAGGAUUAUCAUUUGGCAAAAAGAUUUUAUGAUGAAGUAUAUUUUGUUAAUAAUAAAUUAUUACUUGCGUCGAAGGUCAGUGUUUGGAAAUUAGAAAUCAAGAAGUGGAUUGAUUGGAUGAACGAUGGAAAGGAAACUUUUUGGAGAAUAAGGUGGCAUAGGUUUUGUUUUAAUAUUUUAAGAAUAAAAAAUUACAUACAAUCCUGGUUUAAGGCCAAGCGAUUACACCAUAAAUUAAUUGUUGAAAAUGAAGCAGAUGAUGGUGAUAAAAUAUAUAAUAAUAUACAAAGGAUGAUCAACCAUAAAGUAAGUGAUAUAAAUUUUGAUAGCCAUAAUGAUGCUAAUGAUGUCUUUGAUAUGUUUGGUUUUACUUUUGAAGACCUAGCCGGUAUACUCCUUAUGCUAUUUAUUUUUAUUGUCAUUAUUAUUUUUAGACACAUGGGGGUUGGAGGCGAAUGGAACAUUGUCAUCAAUGGGGUUCAUAUAAAUGGAAGAAUAAACAACAACAACAACAACAAUAACGCUGAUGAAGAAGGAAACCCUAACGGAGAUCAAGGAGUACCUGACCAAAAUCCAUGGGGAAAUGUCGAUAUACAUUUUGCAAUUUAA